UUGUGGCGGCGAUUACUAAACAUGGAAUAAAAGGAGAAAAGUAAUUUCAAAAUUCCUGAUCUGAUAAAGUGAUAGUGUUCUUCUAAUAAAAAAUAAUAGGCAAGAUAAGUUCUGUACAGGUUCCAUUUAGUUUCCUUAAAAAUUAAAAACGUUAAACUACUUAUUUAUUGUUUUACGAUUCAAUGGUGUUCCAGUGAAAAAUGCAUAGGGACAUAAGGUCAUUUUUCACAGUAAAAAAAGUAAAGAAAAGGGUAGAGGAUGAGGACAGUGAUGUUAUACCCGAAUCCCCUGAAAUUGCAAUUGUAAAUAAGAAGAAACAAUCACGAAAACGGAGGCAAAUCCAAGAAGAUUCUGACGAAGAGAUCUUUUCUCCACCAAAGAAAAAACAGAUUGAACCCAAACCUGCUCUAAAGGAGGUCAAAGCGGUUGACAUAUUUGGCAGUGCCCCAAUCAAAAGAUCCGAACCUAUAGUUAAGAAAACUAAAAAAGAAACUGAGACAGGCAUACAUUCAGAUGAGGAAUUUGAAAAGAGUUUGUUACAGAUAGAUGAAGUUGACAAUUCAGUGUAUCCCAAAUCACCUAAAAAUGAAAAUCAUGUGACUAAAAUAGAUGCUAUUGAUAAAUCAAAGGAUAAACUUGGAAAUCAUGAUUCAAAAGAUUAUACUAACUCUAUAAACAGCGAUAAGAAAAACAAAUCAACAGCUCAUAAAAGUAAAUCAGACAAGACGAACAUCAAAACAAUCACGAAAAAUGAUUUGAAAUGCAGUAUUAAUAAAAAACACGAAGAAUCAACUUCUCACAAGAGUAAAUUAGACAAAGUUGACAAUGAUCAGACAAUUAUAGUUGACACUGAAGAUGAUGAAUUUGAAAAAGGUAUUAAUAAAAGAGACAAGGAGCCGUUUUUACAUAAGAAGAAGUUAGACAAAAUUGAAAAUCAUGGGUCAAAAGAAGAGCUAAAACAUCAUGAUAAAAACAGUAUUGAUAAAAGAGAUAAAGAAUCAAAAUCCCACAAAAAGAAAUUAGGUAAAGUUGACGAUGAUCAGAUAAACGUUGACACAAAAUCAGGACGAAAAAAUCAUGAAUUUAAAGACAGUAUUAAAAUAGACACUAAACUAACUCCACACAAGAGAAAAUUAGACAAAAUUGACAGUGAUCAGACAACUAUAGUUGAUACCAAAUCUGAAAAGAUCAAGAAAGACAGGAUAGAUUUCAGUGAUUUUCUUAAAGAUGAUGAAAAAGUUGAUAAUGAACAUAAAUCAAAUGAACCUAAGCAAAAAAAAGUCAAAUUGGACAAGAGCCUCAAUGAGUCUGCUCUUACAGAUGAAGAGAGGCACGAACGAAGGAGGCAUUCGGCUGCACUAUAUAAAAAUUACCUGAACAGAUCUGGGCCUAAGCAUUUAGGAUCAAAAGAAAUACCUGAGGGUCCGCCAGACUGUUUGAAAGAUUGUGCGUUUUUACUCACUGGCGUGUUGGAUUCGUUUGAGCGAGACGAGGUUGUUGCUGCUAUCACAAAGUAUGGAGGAUGUAUCAAAAGUGGUAUUAGUAGAAAGGUAACGCAUGUAUUAGCGGGUGACGAGGCAGGCCCGGCUAAAUUAGCUAAAGCGGAAGAACUCGGCAUUAAAAUCAUUAACGAAGACGAAUUUCUGAAAAUGAUCAAAGAUUCAACUAACAGGCACAAACCCACAAAUUCCAAAGAAACCAAAAAAGAAAAUGACGAAAAGAAGAGCGCUAAAAGAGACAAAUCAAAAGAAAAGAGAAAUGACUCUCACAAGGAAAUAAAUAAAAAGAUUAAAAAUGAAGAUGUUAAAAUUAAAGAAAGUAAAUUAAUUUUGGCCAAUGGUAAUAAGGAAAGAUCGGUGUCACCAAAAACAGUUUUGCCUAAACAAGAAGUGAAGCCUGAAACUAAACCAGAACCAAUAAUUAACAAUGAUGACACACAUAAAUCAGGAUUGACCGACAAUUUAAGCUUGAUGUGGGUAGAUAAAUAUAAACCUACCAGCCUGAAGCAGAUUAUUGGACAACACGGAGAAAAGAGCAAUGUUAAGAAAUUAUCAAAUUGGCUGACCCAGUGGUACGUGAACAGAAAAGCAAAAAUACCCAAACCCAGUCCGUGGGCGAAGGAUGACAACGGCGCUUACUAUAAAGCUGCUCUUUUAUCUGGACCACCCGGAGUGGGGAAAACAACCACAGUAUCGUUGGUAUGUAAAGAGCUGGGCUUUGAUAUGGUCGAGUUCAACGCUUCGGACACGAGAAGCAAAACUCUUAUACGGGAACAGAUUGGUGAACUGUUGAGCACUACUUCACUAUCAGCUUAUGCUAGAGGUGCGACAGGGAAGGGUUCUGUAUCCAAAAAACAUGUGCUCGUUAUGGACGAAGUAGAUGGCAUGGCAGGGAAUGAGGAUCGCGGUGGUCUCCAAGAACUCAUUUCAUUAAUAAAAUCCACAUCUGUGCCUGUGAUCUGUAUGUGCAACGAUAGAACCAGCGAAAAGAUGCGCUCGCUACUCAACUAUUGCUACGAUCUGCGCUUCGACAGACCCAGGGUCAACCAGAUCAUGUGCGCGAUGAAAUCAAUCUGCUUCAAAGAGAACGUUACUGUCCCGAACGAUGUGUUGACGCAACUCAUAGAGGCAGCCGGGCACGACGUCAGGCAAACUUUGCAUAUGCUGUCCGUGUGGGUCGCGGAUUCGAAUCUAAUGGAUCACGAUCGGCUGAAGAGCGAAGCUGGGAAAGUUAAGAAAGAUAUGAAGAUGGGUCCCUGGGAAGCAAUCCGGCGUGUUUUCAGCGCGGAAGAGCACCAGAGAAUGAGUUUAAACGACAAAAGCGAUCUGUUCUUCACAGACUACAGUAUUAUGCCGCUAUUUGUCCAAGAGAACUAUUUGAAUGUCGUGCCCCACGGGCCUGGAAAAGCAAGUUUUUCGAAGCGAGAGACGCUGGAGCGCAUGAGCCGCGCCGCUGACUGCAUCAGCUUAGGCGACCUCGUGGACGCGAGGAUACGACGCUGCCAGGCCUGGAGUCUACUGCCCAUGCAGGCGAUGUACAGUAGCGUGAUGCCGGGGCACUUCAUGGAAGGGCACAUAGCGGGGCAGAUCCAGUUCCCGGGAUGGCUGGGGAAGAAUUCCCGCGCUACCAAAAUGCGACGCCUAGCGCAGGAAAUACACGCUCAUACCAGACUCAGUACAACCGGCUCAAAAUCCUCAAUAUUUUUGGACUACUCAACGCAUCUACGAGAUGCGAUCCUAGAUCCAUUAAUAAAAGACAAGUCGGAAGGCAUCGACCAGUCCCUUCGUGCUCUAGAGUCUUAUAACCUAUUGAGGGAAGAUCUCGACUCACUUGUGGAACUGUCCUUAUGGCCGGAGAGAAGAAACCCCACUGUGUUGAUUGAUCCUAAGGUAAAAGCAGCCCUAACACGAACGUACAACAAGACGGCGAGUGCGCUACCCUACGUGCCGGCCGCGUUCAAGAAGGGGCGUGGCGUCGACGACGGCUCGCAAGAAACCUCUCAAGACGACGUAGAGGAGGUUGAAGAGGACAGCGACCCAGAACAUGACCCCAUGAUAAAGAAAAAGAAAAGUAAGGAUAACGAAAAGGCUGGACCUAGCAAAGCUUCUGGAAAAGGAAAGAAAAAUGAAGAACAGCCCAGUUCAAGCAAAGGGAAAAAGAGCAAAACUAAAAUGGCUAACAGUAAAAGAUAGGGAAGAAUAAAAAAAAUACAAUUGUGAAUUAUGUAAAAACAUGUAACACUGCAUGCAUAGCACACCCAGCCUUGUAAUAGUCAGUAUCAUGACCAACCCUCCGGCCCACUACUGAGAACAAGUCUCCUCUCAGAAAGAGAAGGAUUUAGGCCAUGGUCCGAAUAUUUAGGUACAGUAUAGAAAACUCUCAGGUAUGCAGGCUUCUUCAAGAUAUGUUCCUUCAACAUUUAAGCAAGUGAUAUUUAUUGCUUAAUAUGCAUAUUCCAAGAAGUUAGAGGUGGGGUAAUAUAUGUAAUCUUUACAAGAAUAUUUUCAAUUUGCUGUGUGUGAUUUUCAUUAUAAUAUAUUUGAUUUGAUUAAUACUAAUAAUAUAUAAUUGCUACUGUGAUUUUUAAUACAUUUACGUCCCAAAUUGUCUGACUGCACAGACAAAUUUUUUUUUUGGAUAAAAUAAGGUUUUUCUUUGCUUGUUAAAGAACUUGUAAGCAAGUGUUUCAGACAUAGAUUUAUAAAUGUCUCGGAUCACUGACAUUCUUCAUUCAAUAAUUUUAUUAUAAUUAGGUAAGUAUGUAGAUUGUGGACAGACAGCAUUGGGCAUGUUUAUUUUUCUUAUUAUGUGACUAACUUCAGUAUUCUGGAAGUACAAAAUUAUGAAUAAAAUUUACUGGUUUAAUA